GUUUGAUUGGCUGAUGUAUCCGUAAACCGGAUGGUUUCUAUGGUAGACACGUCCAGUGUCAGCGAUUUUAACACGGGACACAGGGUCCCGUGUUGCAAGCAUCAACCCUGAGCUCCAAUACCACUGAACCCAUCAUGACCCACUCAUCAAGUUUCGCUGACACCAAGCCUGCAAGGACAUGGCAAAGAGGUCGGCAACUGAAGCCGCACUUGUGGAGAGCUUCGACGUGGGCCCUCCCACAAGAUCUGCCGCUUGAUGCUGACAUCAUCCGAAGCGAUGGCAGCUCAACCAUGGUUGAAAGCGACUCCGACAACACUGUAGCACCCCAAACGGCACCCUUCGAACGGAAGCUUUUCUCCGGGCGCAAGAAGCUCAACAAGGCAGCGCGUGGCAAAGAGAAGAGCCCUUCGCAUGCGGAGUCCUUGUUGAAAGGGCUGGAGUCUGUUGGCUCGGGUCUACAGUCUCUUGGGACAGCAGUUACAGCGGCGCAUUUAGUGCCGGACAAUGCGAUCAACAACAAGAUUAUUUCCUCGUUGGAAGUUCAGACCGCUGCAAUCAAUAGACAAUCGGGACAGUUGGAAAGACUCCUUGAAUUUCUAAUUAAUCGUGGAUAAAAGUCAAGUGAGUUUGAACAAUGCU